GAAGUUGACUGAACAGAGUGCCGCUUUCCGAGCCGGAUUUAUGUGGCUGAACUUGGGUAGAGAACGCGUAUUUCCCAUAGAAACGAGGAGGGUGUGCUGCGUUGGCUGCAAAGUAAAGUGUGUUUUCUGAUUGAUAAAAGAUUUUCCAAUCUCCUGUGGAAGAAAAAGUGGACAACCGGAGCGCGCUGUUCUCAAUACAUCGCGGAUUGCUAUUGCUGUCUUGAUUUCUGUAGCGGGGAUCGUCCGGGGAACAAAUAGGGAUUAAUCGCAGAAGUGUACGAUGUUGAGAAUACAAGCUCUGUUUUGCACUUUCUCGGUGCUGUCUCUUUCAGUUGGAGCCGAUCUCAAAGCACGAAGCUGCAGUGAGGUCAGGCAGGCAUAUACUGCUAAAGGCUUCAGUCUCGUAAAUGUCCCUCAUCAGGAAAUAUCAGGUGAACACCUGCGCAUAUGUCCUCAGGGGUACACCUGCUGCACCUCUGAAAUGGAGGACAAGCUGAGCCAGCAGAGCAAGCUGGAAUUUGAGAACCUGGUGGAGGAGGCCAGCCACACCUUACGCUCUACUUUCAUGUCCAGACACAAGAAGUUUGAUGAAUUCUUCCUGGAGCUGCUGGAGAACACAGAGAAGUCCCUGAAUGACAUGUUUGUGCGGACUUACGGCAAGCUGUACAUGCAGAACUCGGAGGUCUUCCAGGACCUCUUCACCGAGCUCAAGCGCUACUACACGGGCGGGAACGUCAACCUGGAGGAGAUGCUCAACGACUUCUGGGCCCGGCUGCUGGAGCGCAUGUUCCAGCUGCUCAACUCCCAGUACCACUUCACCGACGACUACCUGGAGUGCGUCAGCAAGUACACGGACCAGCUCAAGCCCUUCGGGGAUGUGCCCAGGAAGCUGAAGGCCCAGGUGACACGGGCGUUCAUCGCGGCGAGGACGUUCGUCCAGGGGCUCAUGGUCGGUCGGGAGGUGGCCAACAGAGUGUCCAAGGUUAGUGUGAGCCCAGCUUGCAUACGUGCGCUGACCAAGAUGCUGUACUGCCCAUACUGCCGCAGUGUGCCGGGGCUGAAGCCCUGCAACAACUACUGUCUGAACGUCAUGAAGGGCUGCCUCGCCAACCAGGCCGACCUGGAACCCGAGUGGAACCUCUUCAUAGAUGCCAUGCUGUUGGUUGCCGAGAGGCUGGAGGGACCCUUCAACAUUGAAGCAGUCAUGGAGCCAAUCGAUGUCAAGAUCUCUGAGGCCAUCAUGAAUAUGCAGGAAAAUGGUGUGCAAGUCACAGCCAAGGUUUUCCAAGGAUGCGGUCAGCCGAAGCCGGCGGGAAUGGCCCGGUCUACCCGCGGCAUCUCGGAUGUCUUCAACGCCCGCUUCAGGCCCUACAGCCCGGAGGAGCGGCCCACCACUGCAGCCGGCACCAGCCUAGACCGACUGGUGAUCGACAUUAAAGAGAAGCUGAAGCAGUCCAAAAAGUUCUGGUCUGCCCUGCCCACUGGCAUCUGUGUGGAGGACAAGGUCACAGCCGGGGAGUCUACAGAGGAUCAGUGCUGGAAUGGGCACAGCAAGGGCAGGUACUUCCCGGAGGUUUUGAAGGAUGGUUUGACCAACCAGAUGAAUAACCCUGAGGUGGAAGUGGACAUCACCAGGCCGGACACGUUCAUCCGCCAACAGAUCAUGGCGCUGAGAGUGAUGACUAACAAAUUAAGGAACGCCUACAACGGCAACGACAUCUACUUCCAAGAUUCCAGUGACGAGGGCAGCGGCUCAGGCAGCGGGAGCGGGUGCACAGAGGCAUGCGUCACCGAGUUUGACUUUGUCAGCACAGAGGCCCCUGUGGUGGGCGCAGACAGGAGCGACGAGCGGGCGUCGGCCCCUAAUCCCAGCUCCUCUCUCGUGCUGGUCAGCGCCCUUGCCCUAACAAUUCUGGCACUACAGAGGCAAUGGAGAUAAUGGGGGAGAGAGGGGGGUUGUCACCUUGGACAGCAGGGGAGAUUUUUGCUGUUGUGUUCUCAAUCAGACAAGACUACAACCUUGGCGACCCGACUAAAAAGAGUUUGUACAGAAGAGUGCAGCGCUGCAUCCUGCUUUUUCCCGCUUUUUUCCAAAGAGCACUUGGUGACAUCACAGAGCAGCUUUCAUAGGUCAGCCUCCUUAUUCCAGAACUCUUUGAAGAUUCUCUCUCAGAGAACUUUUUUUGUGUUUCAAGACGUUCUUUAAAAGAAAAAAAAAAAUCUAUUUUUUCUUUUAUACGGCAGAAGUGAUGUGACCUUAAAAGAGACCGAGGCGAUGCCUCAAGAUGUUUAGUGUCCCCUGUCGUUCUGGCACUCGAAAAGAAGAAAUUGUCGUAUGUACCACUGUGAGAAUGCAUGAAAAGAGUCAUAAGUAACAACUUAAGAGAUAUGAGCUCUCUGAUACUAAGCACUUUGUAUAGAGAUAUUUUAAUGAAAAGUUCCAUUUUUUCUUUAAUGAAGAUUAUUUCCCAGUGAUGUUCACAACAUCUUUCUGUCAUCUCUAACCUCAUAGCAACUAAAUGUGUUUCAGCAAAAAACAUUUUUUUGGAAAAUACAUAGCUUCCCAACUGGCUCUACGCACUCCACACAACAGUCCCAAAAUUUGCAGAGAGAUAUCAGAAU